GUCUCAGUCUGCGGCUCAGAGUUGUGGAGGAGACCGGUGAGGCGGAGGGCGGGAGAGGCGGCGGAUCCAGGAGCAGCAGCAUCAGCCGGGCAGAGGAUGAGCUGAGCGGGCAGCGGGGGCAGCUCCCUCCCGCUCCAGCUCCUGUCGGACCGACACAGACUCGAUAUGCUCACACGGGAGAAGUUGACUUCACUCCAGCUCUCCGGUGAGAGCGAAACCAUCGGGAGACAUCAUGGCAAACGUUAAAGUUGCCAUCCGGGUCCGUCCCCCCGCUGCGAGGGAAGGUGCGGAUGGAGGAAAGCUUGCAGUUCAGGUGGAGGAUAAGUCUGUGAGGAUCCAAAAUGUGAAGCUGGAUGGACGUGCAGACGGAGCUGUGGAUUCCAGGGAGAAGCUCCUCGAGUUUUGUUUUGACUACUGCUACUGGUCGGUGGACCCUGCAGACCCUCACUAUGCCUCGCAGGAGGAGGUGUUCCAGGACCUGGGUGUGUUGGUGCUGUCCGGAGCGUCGGAGGGAUACAAUGUGUGUCUGUUUGCUUACGGCCAAACAGGAUCUGGAAAGACGUACACCAUGAUGGGGACACCGGACUCAAUUGGCUUAACCCCUCGCAUCUGCCAGGGUCUCUUUAGGUCUGAAGACACUUUUCCCGAUGGGCAAAAUUCAAGCAGAGUCGAGAUCAGCUUCCUGGAGAUCUACAAUGAGCGUGUGAGAGACUUGCUGAGAGGAGGAGAGCAGAAGAAGAAAGCCUCACUGAGAGUCCGAGAACACCCUGAGAAAGGACCCUACGUACAAGAUCUGUCCCAGCACGUGGUCUCAGACUUCAAACAGGCAAUGGACCUUUUGGAGGAAGGCAUUGCCAAUCGCAUCACUGCAGCAACCCACAACCAUGACGCCAGCAGCAGAUCCCACGCCAUCUUCACCAUCCAGUACACACAGGCAAUCCUAGAAAACGACCGUCCUUCAGAAACUGUCAGCAAGAUUAACCUGGUGGACUUGGCUGGGAGCGAGAGAGCAGACCCCCACUACUGCAGAGACAGACUGACAGAAGGCUCCAACAUCAACAAGUCGCUGGUCACUUUGGGCAUCGUCAUUUCUGCUCUUGCCCAGAACUCCCAGAUGUCGAGCAGCUGCCAGAGCAUCAACAGCAUGGCCUCAGAGGGUGAUGGCAGCACGGUGGGUAGUCACAGCAGCUCCCUGUCUGGAGGAGGAGGUGCAGGAGGAGGGAGGAGGCACUGCUUUAUCCCCUACAGAGACUCAGUCCUAACCUGGCUGCUGAAAGACAGCCUGGGUGGCAACUCCAAGACCAUUAUGGUUGCAACGGUUUCACCCUCCGCUAACAGUUACAAUGAGACCCUCAGUACUCUGCGCUACGCUGCCCAUGCCAGAAAUAUUGUCAAUAAACCCAGAGUUAAUGAGGAUGCCAAUGUUCGGCUGAUCAGGGAGCUGAGGGAGGAGAUUGACAGGCUGAAGAGCAUGCUGCUCAGUUUUGAAAUGCAGCGCAAUCCCAGUCCAUCCCUGAGUGAUGAGAGGGAUGGAAAUCUCUCUGACAUUGUGCUUCAGAAUGAACUGAAGGUGCAGCAGCUGACGAAGGACUGGUCGGAGAGCUGGGGAGACAAGAAGGAGCUGCUGGAGCAGUACAGCGUGGACAUCAACAGGGAGCGGGCCGGCUUCCUCAUCAACUCCCUCCAACCACACCUGGUUACCCUCGAUAGAGAUGUUCUCAGCACCGGGGUCGUCUUCUAUCACCUCAGGGAAGGAGUCACUCACAUGGGACCUCAGGACCAGUGUAAGGAGCCGCAGAUAGUUCUGCAGGGUAGUGCAAGCUGUGAGAUUGAAAACCGUGGAGGUGUGGUAACGCUCAGACCCUUGUCAGGCUGCUGCUGCCUGCUGAACGACAGAGAGAUCACUGAGCCCUGCAGACUGGCUCAAGGGAUGGUUAUCACCUUGGGAGGAGUCCACAAGUUCCGCUUCAACCAUCCGGCAGAGGCAGCCGUCCUCCGGGAACGCAGGCGGGCUAGUGAAGGUGGCAUGACCUGCACUUACAUUGACCUCUGCCCCUUGACCCCUGACCACAGUGUCGAGGGAGCGAAGCUCCAAGAGCAGCUGGGUGCCUGUCUCUCCGGCAGUGAGGAGCCUACUGUGAGACAGCGUGUGGAGGAGCAGCAGCGCUACGUGGAAAGUUUGCGACAGGAGAUCCAGGCUGCACAGAGACGAGCUGAAGGAGAGCUGGAGAGGGAGCAGGCUCACCUUCGACAGCAGCAUGCUGAGAUCCAGCAGUGGAUUUUACAAGAGAAGCAGCGUCUGACAGCUUUCACACAGAGAGUCACCCAAGAAUCUGGAGUUCAAACAGACGUUAUCCCUGAAUCUCUCCCGGGGCGGCUCACAAGCCAGACAUCAGAUGAUCAGGAAGAUCCAACAGUGAACCGUCCCUGCCAGGUGGUAAAAGCCAGGAAGAAGGUGGUGCAGGAGGAGCUAAUAAAGCAUCACGCCCUUUGUCGUGCUGAAAGCCGCAUCCGUCGGAAAAGGCUGCAGUACCAGCUGGAGAGAAUUGCCCGAAAACAGCAUCUAUUGGAGGCGAAGAGGGAAUUGCAGCAGCUGGAAAAGACUUUGCCUCUGGGGCCGGACAGCCCAGAGUCUCUUGAGCAAGUGUCCCCCUCCAACCUCAGAGGACGACACUUUGUUUCUCGUCGACACUCAUUCUCAGCAGAUCUUCUGUCCCGGCUCUACCCACAACACACCCCCAUCUUCAGACAUUUCCUGAAGAGAAACCCAUCCACAGACCUGACUUCAAAUACCUCUGCUACUUCUGAUUCCAUUGGCAGCAGGAAGUGGGUGUCAGAUGAGUGUCUUCCUCGAGAAAGAGCUCAAAGCUGUUCUGGAACAAACUUCUCAGGAAAAAGUCCGUCCUGCCAGAGUAGAUUUAACUCCUCUGAAAACAUCAGACAAACAUCUGGUGAGGAGCCGCAAGCUCUGACCUGUCGGGAACGGCCUGAAAGAAAACCUCUGCUGCCCAACCGAGAUCUGUCUUUUAAAAACCGAUCAGAUCAAAACUCAACUGUUACUUUGAAGUCACCACUUGGAACUGCAGUGCAGCCAGUCAGCAAAGAAAAUAUACACAGACCCGCAACGGACAAACCUAGUUCUGAAAUUGUCUCUUGUAUGACUGGGAGAACUCCAUCCCACACACCUAACAGUGGACUAGAAACCAUCAGGAAAUCUUUCUCUGGUUCUGUGGGGCCCCGUUUAAAAACGGCUCUGUCCAAAGUGUUCAGGAAACCACCAUUGGGUGCGAGUGGAGGACGAGGCCUCAAACCUUUUGGGAGGAUAGCGAGCAAAUUUCACUGGAGACAAAAAAGAGACGGGAUCCUAAAGGACGGCAACAUGAGCCGAAGCCAAUGUGUCAUCAAAGCAGCCGUCUCAUGUGAGGAGCUUGACCAGAGGAGUCGUUUUGAAGGUUUCAGACAGAGGCGAUGGCACAGCGCUGAGGCCCUGAUGAAACAGACGUGCAGAUGGGUUGAAAGGCAGCAGGGACUGAUCGGAUGGGAUGAAGAGCAAGAAGAAAGGGAUGAAGGAACGUCAGACUGUGAGAGCAUUUUCUCUCUUGAUUCGCUGUCCUCUGCUUAUGUGACCGCUCUAGCAGAGCAGCUGAGACAAGAAGAAGCAGCUCAGAGUGGAGCAGAAAGUGAAGACUCUCAGAUGUCUGAAGACUCCUUGGCUCUGGUGAGCAGUGGGAAAAAUCUUGCAAUGGAGAGACUUAGCCGAACAGUGGCAACAACUUACUCUCUGGUCACAGAUUCUCCUGUUUUACCCAUGUGGCACAAUGAUCAGCACCAACAGGUAAUCCCAGUGGAGGCUUCCCCAAGAUCAAGACCUAAAGGUGAGAUUGGUUCAACAGAGAAUCCUCCAUUUAAAAACCCGUUAGUUUCAGAUUCCAGAGGCAAAGACACAACGCAAAAACUGACUGAUGACUAUGGUAACAUGCAGACCACUUUGACCGGCAGCUUGCGCUCACUAAGCAGCUACAGCGCGAGGGAGCCUGACAACUUGCUUGUGCUCACUGACGCCUGGUCCUCCACUGAUGCAGGAGACAGUCCCAGGAUUGAAAAGGAUUCCCUGCCUUCACAAAGAAGAAUGAUGUUCAGACACGUGGACAGCAGCAGCAGCAGUAGCAGCAGCAGAUCCAGUCUGACCUGUAUGAUUCUGUCAGACUCUCAGAGUGGAUACAGAAGCUGCAGCUCAACAUCCACCAGCGUGGAUGGUGUAAAUGUAACAGUCCAGGAACGCACACUCAUGGUUUCAGGGGAGUCUCCGAUUCGCACUACAACAGAAGAGCGAUCAGGGUCACAGGCUGAAAAUGUGGAAAAGGCUGUUAUAGAUACUCCAGCAUCCGUACUGACCUCAGAUCAGACCACUUCUGUCUCACACACUGAGAUUCCCCACACUGCACAAGCAUCAAACUUGCAUCAGGUGUUUACAGAUGCACCUACUGUGGUAGCUGGUGAUGUCACUAUGUCUUCUGACAGUGAAAUGAGCCUCUCAUGUUGUCAAUCAGAAAUGUAUUCCUCGACAAAUCCUACUAGCCAAGGCCAAGACCUGAACACGGUGUCUGAAAAGUUUGAAGAUGUGCAGCAGGAUGAGAAUACCAAAGAUUUUUCACUGUCGAGGGAAGAAACCAAAGGAUCUGAGCAGCAUGUUGCUCUUCAACAGGAGCUUGUUAAAUCCACUUGUAAAAAUUCCAGGAAGAGAAACAAAGAGCAACAGGAUGCUUUUAUUGGCAGCAUGAAAAUUCCAAAAAGGAGCAACAGCAGUGAUUUGGUGACAUUCUGCUCGACACCAGUUGGCAGCCAAGAAGAUAUUUUGCUCGAUGACAAUAACAACACUAAUGACUCUAAAGGGGAGCAAUCUGCAGUUGAAACUGGCGGCCAUGAAUUUGAUUCGGCUUGUAAUGAAGGAAGAGACAAAAUGGCUUCAUCUUCAGUUUCUGUGCCGAUGAAGAGGGAAGUUGGACAUGUCUUUGAAGACUCUAAAUGUGGGCCUACAAGCAGUGACAGAAGUCCCCAGAGUGGUUUCUCUGUGGGAGACAGAAAGGUAGUCGAAAACGGAAGUAGAAUAGAGGAAGUAGUUGCAGAAACAAAAGGGGGAGACACACCUAUUGAUAACCGUAGAAAACACUUAGAAAACAGAAAGCAUGGAUUGAAGUCAGAUGCUAUUUGUAGUGCCAUUGACCUGAGAAUCUCAGAAAUGGUUAAAGAGAGAGUGAGAUUGUCAUUGAUUGGUAGUGAUGGUGACAGAACGAGCAGGACUCAAAGCCCGAGUGCAUCAUCUGUAGCUAAUUGUGGUGAUGAACAUGCAUCGACGGAAAAACAGGUCAGAGUCGAACAGAAGGAUCAGAUGAAAGAGACAAACCUCAGUGGACGUGUAUCAGUGGAAACUACACGUGACCUGGACAGAAAUGAGCACCUGGCAUCAAAUAUGUCAGCUGAAUUGAGAGAGAGCAGUGAGAGCUUCAUGCUUAAAUGCACUAAAGUGACACUAAAGAUCAGCCAAGCUCAUAACUUUCCUGACGGGACUUUAAAUAAGCCAAUAAACAAGGAGGCCUCUCCCAAAUGCAGCGACAUCCAAUCAAAUCUGACACUUAACAGGCACGAAGAGUCUGAGCCGCCAGGAAAGAAUAUUUCGUCAAUCAAUGAUUCUCCUACAGCAAAGAAAUAUAUUGAUUUUCACGGAAAUACUAUUCAGAAAAAUGCUCUAUCUGAAGAAAUAAAUGAUGUCCGUCAACAAAAAGUAACAAGUGACGUGUACUUGAAGAGAGUGGACAUAAAGACUUGCUCCGAUGUCCCUACUGGUGAUCCAGAUAACCCACAACUUCAACAAAUACACAAUAAAACACAGUCAAUGAUUAGUAAUGCAUGUGGAUCUGUCCAUGUGGAAGCUGUCAGUUUGGAGUGUGCAUCUAAUGUUGGAGAUAAAAGUCAUUAUUCAUACAAACAAAGCUCACCAAAGGCGAUUGACAAGUCUCACUUGUACAGUCCCGACAGAUCUGGAGCUACAACAUUUUCUGAUGGAGGACGUGUCCUCUUCAUGUCACCUGAUCCAAACAGCGACCAGAAUACACCUGUUGAUGAGAACGCCACGAUAAAAGGGAUUGCUGUUUCUCCUGGCCAGGAUGAAAAUGUUGAAGCGGAUAACACAACAGGAGGUAAACUGUCUGUCGCAUCACAGGAUCAGUUUAUCUGUGCAGAUAAUUUGGCUCAGGCUUGUGAGAGCAAAAUGAGUCACAACAAGAACCACAAUUUAUCAAACUCACAGAGCAAAUGUGACAAAUACACUGAAGUCGACAGUAAAGGAAUCCAUGUGAUGAAAAAGGAUGAAGGAACAUUUACAAAUUGGUCCGAAGCAAAGGUUCCAGAGAUCUCGGCAGAGUUAAAACAUGAAAAAUGUUGUUGUGGUUCAAUACAACCUCCCCUCAAAAGACCACAGGGAAAUAUUGUCAAAAAUACAAAUGGCUCUGGAUCUCUCGUGUCCAGAGAAGGUGAUGUAAACACAUCCUGUGUUACACAUGGUUACUCUGCUCUUAUGUCCAAAAAGACCAAGAGGUUCCGAAGGUCUAAGAUCCAGACUCAUCCGACCUCUUCCUCUGAGUCCUCGCUGAAGUCGUCAGAUGAGGAUGAGGAGGAUGAUAAAACCACCAGAGCGCAUCACAACCGACUCCCAUCUAAAUGGGUCAAGCUUGCCACACAGAGUAAUGGUAAACAAGAAGUUACACAGCCCAGAAGCAACAAUGCAGAUUCUUCUAUGUCAUUAUUAGUAAGCAAAACUAUAAUUCAAUCUUGUUCUGCUGGAACUCGAGGUAAAAGUGAGGUUAAACUUAAUAGAGACUUUAGCCAAAAAAGACAAUCAUUACCUCCUCAAGCAAUGUCACAACCGACAAACGCAGAAAAGAUCUUUCCGAGUGCAAAGACACUGACGCCCCAGGACUCCGCUAUGCAUUUUGCCUCAAGUGACAUCAACCCUUUUGUUCACCAGUGGCAAGAUGGCGACUCAAACCAGCACUGCUAUAAGAACCCGUCGUUCGGGAGCGCCGCCGACCUGUCCUGCAAAUCUCCUCUUUUGAACAGUGGAGAAAUACGUAUAACAAGAUGCUGCAGCGUGGACAACGGUUUGAACGGACAGAACUCUCCUUUCAAUUCCCACCUCAGCACGUACGCCACCAACAAGGGGCUUUCCAGUACGCUUAGCAGCAUAGAAGACUAUAAGGAGCGUGCAAACAAAACGUCUCAGCGUGCACCUGGUCAACAGAUUGAUGUUAACAGUCAUUUAGCCAAUCUGACAGUGAGUGGCAGUUUGUCAAGCAACGGUACUCCUGGUGGUUUUGGCACCAACUCCAGUCAUGUGGAUGAAAUCAUGUACGUUUACUCAUCUGAGCAAGAAUCCCAGCAAAACAAAACACAGGCCCAAAGGACGAGGACGUGCGAACAUGGCACUCAAACAGAGCGUGGGCUUCAAACAGUAAAUUUGAUGAAAAGCAGCAGUAGUGGUCCAAUGAGGAAAGAUCGUCACAGACGGAGCAACACUGAUGUACCUACAACACGAAAAACCCAGACAGACAUUAAAGAAUCUCCUACGUGGGUCAGCAUGGAGAGCAUGUCGGCUCACCUCUCCAAGUUGAUCGACAGCACCUCAGAUCUGCUGGGAGACGUCCAGGAAAUGAGGACAGGUGAAGUGUCCAGGUCCACUCCGAGGAGGAGCAUCAACUUGUCGAACCUUAGCAGCUCGUGUGGUGAGUCUGUCGACUGCACUACGAGAGACUGCUCAACUCAAACAGCUGUAGAUGUUGGGAUCCAGACAGAAAAGAUUUUCACACCAGCAGAGAAGCAAGUCACCAUCCGUCAAACGCCCAGUGAAAAGUCUAAACCUCAUGAGAUCAACGUGAUAGUGAAAGUGAUCGGAUCUGAGGCUGUGAGUGUUUCUCAAGACAAGGAUGUGCACUGCGUGGUGAAAACAAAAGCUAACACGGACGAGAAGAUGCAGAGCAUGCCUGACCUGAGGUUUAACGCCUCUGCUGCAUCUCACUCGGACAGCGGCGGUCUUAAAACGCCUCCUGCGAAGAUUGCAGCUGAAAGACGCGUAAGAUCGGCUUCUUCUCGAGUCUCAAAGCAAAGCAAGUCUGAGGCUCUGUGCCAUAAAAGUGUUGCAACCUCUGAAAACACCCAAGGAUCAACAAGAAACCAACAAAAUCACAGUUCAUCUGUGAGAAAUGAUGCGUCUCCUUGUUCAAAGAAACCUGCCGUGUAUAAAGACCGUGCAUCAUCUCCCAUUCUGACUGUGGGAGCAAGAUUACGUUUGAAGCAGAGAGGAAAACAAACAACAAUGUGUCCUUCGAAACAUGUGGGCGGAAAAACAAGCCAUGCUUUUGAGGAAGACAGCCUCAAUGUGCCUUCUAGCAAACAGUCGGCCUGCACAUCUGUCUCAGACAAUGUGCAAAUGUCCACACCUGAUUGUGAUGUUUCAUCGAGUCAGUCAGAGUCCGUGUGGCUUGAGAAGGGAAGUGAAAUGAGCUGCUCAGGUCCUGAAGGAUCAGAUAAAUGCUCUGCAAGCCUCAGUUCAUCACUGGACACGUAUGUAAAGACCUGUAAAGACAAGGAUGACACACAUGCAAGCUCAAAAAGACAGAUGAUGUCUCCUCAGCCAAGGACAUCUAAAAAAGGUCAAACUUUGCAUCUCAUCAGUCCCAUAUUAACACAAACUGAGCACAAACAGCAGGAGACAUCAAGACAUGGAAAACCAUCAGGCUACACAAGAUCUGCCGUUGACUCUGUGGAUUUCUGCAUCGAUUCCUGCAACUCAUCACCAGUCACCAACGGGACUGUUCAACUCCAAGAGGAUGACACAGUGUCACUGGCUCCCAGCGAGUGCAACACAGAUAUCCUCGUGAGCAUUAAACCUGUCAGCAGCGUGUCCGCUCGUCAAGACCACCACAUGGACCCAGAAAACCUGCCCAUGCACAACAAGUUCAACAACUGGUCGGGCAUCAACCAGCAACAAUCCAAGCACCCUAACAAGUUGAACACAUCCCUCAGCAACGCCCACGACAGGAGCAGGAACGGUCCCGAAUGGAGUGAGAUGGAAAGUUUCGGUUCAAACGUGGAGUCUGUGGAACAGAGCGACAGACGGGCAAGAGAGAUAGAGAGGCUGCGACAGGAGAGAGAGCAGGUGAUGGCAACGGUCAACCUGAGCAUGAACACCACACCUCUAACCGUGGAGCUGACGGAGGCCAAGCUGCAUUAUGGGCUGGGAGAAACGGACACGCUGUUGAAGAUGCUCUCCCCGAGGUGCAAAGAUGAGCUGGAACCACGAACCUCUGCUCCGACUAAACAGCAGCUGUACGAUCGACAUCGGAGGAGUAUUGAGGGUUUGAGGCAGGAGAGGGAGGAGCGGCUCCAGACUUACCGGAGAGCUCGUAGUCUGAGUCCCAGCAAACAUCCUCGCUCCUCUCCUCAAGAGGCAGCUUCAUCCUCCAAAGUUCCUGCUGCCAUGCCCCGUAAAGAGUACCUGCAACAGCUCCGCCAAGAGGACACAGAGACCACCAGAAUACCAAAUCCUCCAAGAGGAGAGGGCCAGUGUCCGUCUGACAUUGAGCAGCUGUUGCGUGACUACGGCCGAGCCCGAGAAGAAGCCAGGACAGAGAUUGCGAAGGCACGAGAACGACUGCGAGAGAGGACUGAGCAGGAGAAGAGGAGGCUGCAGCAGCAGGCCUUGUCUCAAGAAGCAAAGGAUGACCUGAGGCAUCGGACGAAAAUCAGUAACAGCACCUUGUGCACCGGAUCGAGUCUGAGUCUUUCCUCUGGACCCACAUCAGGAUACAACAGUGGCAACACUGUUCAGCUACAGCACAGCAACAGACCAGUUCUGAGUGGACAGACAACAGGGUUUCAGGAUGAAGGGCUGAAGGUCAGGACGCGUCCUCCUACAUGUGGUCCCCCGAGUGUGAAGACACAGAGAGUCUGGCUGUCUGCCCAGGAUGUCCGCCAUGAGCCUUCUAUCACUUCCUUCGAUCCUCUGAUGACCUCAUCUCCAUCACCCACCACUUGUGCGCGUCAACGCACCGCCUCCUUUGGCUCCUCCUCUUCUAUCUCCACGACCUAUCAGGACAUCACGUCCAUUCUCCUUCGGCAAGCUCUGGCUGAGGUGCGAUUAGCUUCAGCCAGAGAUUUGUCCAACCUGGUGAUGGGCAAGGCCACAGCAGACUGGAGGUACCAAGGAGAAGAACGAGGAAUCCAGGCCUACUAUAAACCCUCCUCCAGUCCGUCUGUCCAUGGGUUCCUGGGGGCUGUGGAGCUGGACAGACCUGUGGACAGAGUGUGGAAGGUAAUCUGCCAACUGUCCAAGAGCCACAUGUACAAUCAGUCAGUUCGUUCUGUCUGGACGCGACCACUAGAUGACAGCACUCAGCUGGUUUACAUACUAACAGAUCCGUCCAUGUGCCACCUGAGCCAGCCGCGGGACUUCUGCUGCAUCAGCACGGAGUCCAAACAGGGUGGCCUGCGUGUGCUUGCAAUGCAGUCGGUGUUCGAGGAGUCUCUGCCUCGACCCAGCGUGGAUGCUGUUCGGGGGGAGAUGAUGCCCAGUUGCUGGGUCCUUCAGCCAAUUAGACGCAGUGGAAAGGAAUUCACCAGAGUCAUCUCCCUGCUGCAGGUCGACCUGGGAACUCCGUCCUUCCCUCCCCGACUUUUGAACACCGUUGCCAGGCGACAGGCGGCCGUCAUCGCCGAUCUCGACGUUUUCCUCUCCUCGUAAAUCCGGCGGACGCAUGGAGGCGCAGCAGCAGUGAGCACUUAGCCUGAGCUCUCUCCAGCACGGAGUUAGUCUGUGUUUUGGAAUUUGCACCUGAAAUGUAUUUACUUGACUUUUAGUUUUUUCAUGAGCACUGUUCUAUGUUGACUCCCAGUUACAAGUUGAAGCAGCUUUUUUUUUUUAUAUGAAGUUAAUUUUUUUAUAAGAUAUUGAAACUGUAUUUUUCUAUUUGUACAAAAAAAUCCUAAUCCUAUUCUACCAAAGAGUGAAGUGUUAAGGGAAUGAUUUGACAUUGGCACAUUCACUGUGUUGCAUUUAGGUUUCGACGGAUUCAUCGAAUCAUUCAUUUGAUGAAAUAGUUUGAUAAUUCUGUUAUAACCAGAUAAACGCCGGCUAUUUAGAUUAUUUCAGUGUCUGUUAGCUGCAAGUGUAAUUUUAUUCCUAUGUUGUAGACGUGGCGCCGCAUCCAGGUAUUCUCAAGUCAAGGUCAAUACCACAUUAGAGUUAGUGAAUGGUUAGUUGGUGUCUGUCAAUAAGAUUCGUGUUUAUCUACGAUCGAUAGAUGCAGCCAGGUUUGUAGUUACAUGUGACUUCAGAGGGCAGCAUCACUUUGCACCAGAUCAGUUUAUGCAAAUGCUUUAUUUUAACUUGUCGGUAUUGUGGGUAGAAGAUAUUUUUCCACAUUGAGGCACAUUUUUUAUGUUUUAAUUAUCUUUUUAUAUGAAAAACAAAACCCAACACCUGAAUUCUCCUGACAUCGACUUAUGAAGGAAAUAUUUGCAAAUAUUGUUCAGCCCUGAUUUUGUUUGGAACUUCAAAUGCCCUUUAGAUAUAUUGAGUAUGUGAGGGACUUUAAAAAAAGUUUUUAGGGAAGAAGAAAUUGUGACAGAAAAAAGAGAUUUCAUGGUUGGUAAAGGUGCAGCGUUUUGUGUUUCAUUAUCUUUAUGCACAUUAGUGGAGCACAGCAGAAGUCCCACUAAGAUGUAAAGGAAGGUUUAAUUUCAGGUACAUGAUUUGUACCAAUUAUAAAUUCAUUUUGAUGCAAGAAAGUAAAAAUCUUUUUUGUACAUUCCCUGAUCUAUGUGUGGGAUAAAAUAUUGAAGGAAUACGAAGGAUUAUUUAUUUAGUCUUAGACUGUUAUUAUCUGAAUGAGCACUGCAACCUUUAACCACUUAGCAGCUCCUUUUAUAUAUAGAUAGAUAUAUAUAUAAAUAUAAAAUCUGAUGUUAAAACAGUUCUGUAGCAAAAACAGUGAGAGGACGAGUCGGGAUUUAACAAGUCUGAUCGACAUUCAACCCAGUGACACAGAUUCAAGUGUAGACGAACAUGUGACCCUCCUGUUUCUUAUCCGUUCUUUAUGGUACCACAAAUCUGCAUAAGCUGAGUUUUAAGGGCUUUUUGUUUUCUCUCUCCUGUUCUCAGAAGCGUGUUGUAUUUAUUUUCAUCCUCCUGCCUGCAGUUUGAAAUACUAUUGAAUGUGUUUUUAUAGUUGUCGUUUGUGAGCAGAGCUGCUCGCACAGAGCAGCUGAUGCAUUUAUCAAUGUGACGCACUUUUUUUUUGUUGUGCGGCGUUAAAAACUAUGCAGAAGCCGAUCGAAAGCAGGACUGCUCUCAGUCAAAGCUGCUGGAUCCAGACAUGAAGCCAUAUUAUUUACACUAGCUGAAGGGUCGCGACUGUUUCGCCUCAAGUUUGUGACUGAAGACGUUCCCGCGGCAACCAAAGAAAAAACAAAAAUACAGACGAAGAGCGAAGGAAGAAUGACUUUUUUAUUGUACUGAUUUCUUCUGUUUGUAUUUUAAAAAGUGCUCAUUGGUUAUUUAUGUUUUGACAUUGUGUGGUAAAUGUAUUUUAUUAUAAACACUCUGCUUUUUGUUGCUAAUAAGUUGUUUUCUGCCCCGAGUGCUUGGACGGUUUUUUUUCAAUGAAUACAACAUAUUUUCAAGUGAAUCGUUAUUUCUCCCCAUUUUGGAACUGAUCAUCUGUUUAUGUGAAGACGUGUAAUCAGAUCAGA